UGUUUGUAGAAGUUGACCUGUCAGGAUGGAAGCUUCUCAAAGGGAAGAGACUUGAUAAAUAUUUCCACUUAUAGGGUAGCAGCUAAGUUGUUACGGUUCAUUCGACGGAGGGGGCAAUUCGAAGAUUUACUGUACCCUUUUUCAUACCAUUAAAGUUUGUGGCAGUUGUUCGUGACGUCACUUUACAUCCGGGAAUUAACGGUUUGUUUUCAGCGGGCAAGAUUCGUUUCUUCGUUUAGUGGUCGGUGUAAACAAACAUGUUGUCUAUGAAAAUGUUAAGCAAAUAAAAAAGAGAAGAUGAACAACAAAUUUCGCGAGAGUGCCUUUAAAGUUCGGAGGUUGGCUGGGGCUAUAUCUAAACUUGGCCCUGGUCCUGGAAAAAAGCAAGAGGCAACUGUGGAAAAUGAGACAGCAAAUGUUGAGAAAAAAGUUCGGAGUUUCAAAAAUGUUGCAAAUGAAAUUCGACUUAAACAGAAGAUUAUGUCAGCAUUUGCAGACGAAAUAAAACCCCAGCUGAAUUUGAGCGGUUUUCGAACCGAAGGCGAACGAGCUGCCGACAAAGAAAAAGAAAUAACAGUUGAGGACGAAAAAAAGAAUAUAUUGAAAGAUUUGCCAGAGAUGAACGAUGACGAAUAAGUUGAGUUUGUUUCAACAGAACUGGCAGGAAGAUUUUAAACAGCAAAAUAUUUCGAAGGGGUAUCAUGGCCGUGAUUAUAACAGAACAGUAUUAUGAUUGCCAUUGAAACCAAUGAAAAACUGGUAGGUAUUUAGCUGAGUUUAACGUGUUUUAACAUGGAGAGUAUUUCAUUUUGAUUAAUUUCCUUAUCUUU